AUGGCGCUGCAGCCCGCCUCGCAGGACCGCGUCAACCAGCUGCGCGACUCGGCCCUCUUCUCGUCGGUCCGUGGCAGCGACGCGCGCGACAGCUCGGUGCACGAUAAGAUCCACCAAUUCAACUCCCUCGCCGUGCAGUCGAAGCAGCUCGAGCGCAAGACGGCGGACGCCGCGCUGAAGCGCGCGAUGCUGGGCCGGGAGGAGGCCGAGAGCGAGAUGCGCCGGUACAGAGACGAGGCGAGGCAGCUGCGCAAACAGGUCGAGGAGGGCAGGGAGAGGGAACGGAAGGUUGGCGAGAGGCUCGAAACCGUGAUGGAGAAUUAUGGCCGCGCAAAAGAGACACACGCACACACACAAGCUCUGUGGGAGAAGGAGAUUCGUCGCGCGCGCAAGGAGACAUUCAAGUCGCAGAGCGUCAUCGUCAAGCUGCAAGAGGAGCUGAAGUCUGCGCGGUCGGCACAGAAGUCCGCCGAGGAGACUCUCGAGCGCGAGAAGGAGCGCAGCCAGGCGCGAGAGCAGGAGGCGUUUUCUGCCAGAUAUGGUCUGGUCGGAGUGCAACAACAGCUGGAUGAGGCGCUCGAGAAGAUAAAGGUGGUUGAGCAGGAGCGCGACGCUUUCAAGACGUUGGCUAAGACGGAGGAGGACGUUGCGCGGAUCGCAGCCGAGGGCAAGCUCCCCCUGCCACCUUCAGAGAAUGCAGCCGAGGACGAUGAGUUCGCCUCGCCGAAGAAGAGGCCUCGUGUGUCUUCACUCACCGUCGCGGACGUUAAGUCAUCCGCAUCAAGCGAGGCAGAGAUCGAGGAGCUCACUCGACUAUGGCAGUGGGAGAAGCAGCGGGCUGAUCGUGCUUCCGACCAUCUUGAGUAUCUUGAAGCGGAAUGUCAUCUGCGAGCUUGCCCAUGCAUGCAGAACCGGCCUCGAUCGAGCACUCUUGGCUCGAAGCGCCAGAAGCGACCCGAGCGCAUUGAGAUUGCCGAUCCCUCUGACCGUAUGAUCCUUGGUGAGGCGGUAGCACCUGUUGAGGAUGCACCGACAGUUCCUUCUCCUACAAAGACAGAGCUCGAAGCAGCACGGGAAGAACCUAUGCGAGAGCUAAAGGAGGAGCCUCGGCGAGGAACGAUAUUCUUACCAGAGCAAGGAAUCUUUCGAACCGUGUCGAUGGAAGAGGCCGCGGCCAUAGAAGCCGCGCAGGCCGUCGAGGAUGAUGUCUCGGCGUCUGAACCACCCACACCGAUGGAGGUCAAUCACAAUCCUCCAUUCUACGCCCGCACGCCGUCUGUCGAACCACCGGCGUUUGCUCUCCUUGCUCAGGAAAGAGCAUCCCUGGCUUCUCUCCUUGAGGCGCCGCAUCAGCGUGAAGAGACACCAGUCUUCAACAUCCCUACUACCCCCGGACCUGUACGCGAAGAGCAGAAAGCGACUAUCGUGAGAAUUGAGGAAACUGUCGUUGCUGAUGUGCAUAUAUAUGAAGAUGAGAACAGAGAAACAAUCCGACCAAUCUCACAACCUCAUGAGGAUGAAGAACGUACGGCUCGAGAGCUGAAGGAGUCUUUCAACUCUCGUCCUCAUACUGCAGCCGCCUUCUACCGUGAGGCUACCACUACUACCAAAGUGCCGAUUCGAGAGGAGACCGAGGACCCUAGCAUGGCCAAGCGUCUACUCGCUCUCCAACGAACGCCUUCCAAUCCAAAACGCGCCGAUGAGCCGACUUUCGACAUCAACAAUCCGGCACUGACACCAACAAUGACACGGAGCGGCAACUCCAAGAAAACAGAUGGUCAGUACGGAGAGAAGAGACCUGAGCGCCCCGACCGCACGGGUGACUAG